CGUUAACAUCUGGAGCGGAGAGGACAACAGUCCUGUUUACUGCUGAUCACAGACAGAACCAUAUGACCAGAGUAAGGACAGCAGUGGGUGGGAGUGACGGACAUCCAGUAUUCACAUAAAGGAACCGACAGAAAUAAAGAGCAGAGAUGAAUGAACUUGUGGAAUAUCCAGGAAUUUAAAGACUUCUUCAUCAUGUUGGACAUUCUUUCUGGAUAAGAGGAGAUCUGGACCCACAGGAGUGGAGAGAAUGGAACCCUUCACAAUAAACUGUGCUGUGCUCCUUUUAUUAACAUCAAACUGUUUUAUCUGGUCGUCAUCACUUUAUGUCUCCAACACAGCAGCAGCAGCCACACCUAGGAGGCUUCAGUAUCUUCUCGAGCCUCCUGUCCACACAGAAGUCGCUGCUCGGAGGGGAGACAACGCCACCUUGCCAUGCAUCCUCAGAGCCAAACCCAGUCACUACAAAGUUAAAUGGACAAAGCUGGAGCCUGAGCCCAGCGGGCUGGAGAACAUCAUCAUGAUAUCCAAUGCAAAUUUCUUCAAGCCCUACGGCCAUCUGGGUCAGCGGGCAUCACUCCAGAGGGCUCACACCAUGGACGCCUCCCUGCUGCUCGCUCAUCUCGAGCUGCAAGAUGGUGGCAGGUAUCGCUGUGAGCUGAUAAAUGGCAUAGAGGACGAAAACAUCGUCAUUACUUUGCGGAUUGAAGGUGUGGUUUUCCCGUAUCAAAGUAGAAAUGGGCGCUACAGGUUCACUUUCCAUGAAGCCAAGGAGGCCUGCGCUGAGCAGGAUGGCAUGUUAGCCACAUACAACCAGCUCUACAAAGCUUGGACCGAGGGUCUGGACUGGUGUAACGCUGGUUGGCUUCUUGAUGGCACCGUUCAUUAUCCCAUCGUUCAUCCCAGACUCGUCUGUGGAGGAGAUCUGCCUCCGGGCAUUCGUAGUUAUGGGUCAAAAGAUAAGAAACGUGAUCGCUUUGAUGCAUUCUGCUUCACCUCCCAGACACCUGGCUCUGUUUUCUACAUAUCUGGGUCAUUCUCCUUCGAUCAGGCAGAUCAUGCAUGCAAAGAUCAGAGCUCUGAGUUGGCACUAGUCGGCCAGCUUUAUGCCGCGUGGCGUUUCCAGAACUACGACCAGUGUAACGGCGGUUGGCUGAGAGAUGGCAGUGUACGCUUUCCUAUACACAACCCGAGGAGAAACUGUGGAGGCAUCCCAGAAGCCGGGGUGCGCUCGUUUGGAUUCCUCAGCAAAACAACACAUCUUUACGGAGCUUAUUGCUAUAGGUAACUAAAGGUUUCAAAACAGAGUGUAUAUAGAAACAACCUUCUAACCAUGAAAACUCCUGAGUUUAAAUAACAAAAUGCAACCAAAUACAUGUUAAACAUGCACAAUCAACUUCUAUUUGAUUUAUUAAACAUCCUUCAAAUCUGCUGAUGUUACCAUUUAACAUGUUUUCGACCUGCUUUCUGAUGUGAACUCAUCUAAGCGGCUAAAUCAUUUAUUAAAGGUGAAUACUGACAUGUAAUUCAUUCAGUUAAUAUGUGUAUGUGGCUAGUUUUGAAUUUGCCAAUAAAUGAUGUGCAGAUUGUU